CAAAGGUUAUGAAUGAUCAUGCAGAGUCAACUUUGUCUCGGCCCUCAGAGACAACGUUUAUAUAACAAGCUCGAAAAAGUUGCCUCAGGGGAAGGACUGUCUCGGGUACCCAAGACUAUUUAAAUUGCGCCUCAGUGGGGGAUCCAAAGUUACCAAAGGGAGGGUGAGAAAGUUGUCGCGAAGAAGGGUAGGUAAGUCGGGGAAGGCCGGGAUGGACCGGCCUUUUUCGUGCAUGAGUUUUCAAUUUGAUCUUCGCGAGCUCUAAGCGCACGGAAUAGGUGUCACAGUAUCUGAUUACUGAGCUGCAAAGAUGGCAACCUCGCUGACUGUUCUCGUGUUAGUCCCGAUUUUAAUAUCGUUAUUUGUUUUCUGUUCAGAUCGUGGCUUGGCAUCAAAAACACCGCUUAAAACAGACAUGUUUAGCGACAAGACUCCGUAUCAUUUCACCAGUAGAGACAUCGCCAUCGAGAAACCGUCUGGAUGCGAACCAGUGCAUAUCAAUAUGGUGAUACGCCACGGAUCACGAUAUCCUGGAAGCCAUCGCGUCAAAAAGAUGAAAGAAUUGCUUGAAAAGAUAAAUAGUUUCUUUCCGAGUAAUUCAACAUUUCGCUACAAUGGCCUUUCGCUUCCGUGGAGCAUACCAGCCGACAUACUGAACUCGGCUAGCAAAGAGAUGUCAGCGCUUGGUUCGGAGGAGAUGUAUUCCAUAGCAAAGCGUUUCCUUACAAGAUUUCCCGGCGUCUUAAAACAUGGUUACUCUAAUACCAAUUACAGUUUCGUUGCCACGGACAAGCUGAGAUCAAGUCAGAGCGCGAUAGCGUUUGCUCAAGGUCUGUUCGAGGGGACGGGACACUUAGGACUGGCGAAAUUUCGGCCAGUGGCGGUGAAGUCUUCGGGUUCUUACGAUGAUGAUGCAGUCUUACGAAUUUUUGAAGCGUGUCCGAAAUGGCAGAAGAUUACAGCAAAGAGAAACUCGGAGUAUCGAAAAUUUCUGAAUGGCCCAGAAAUGCGUAGAGUUGCCCGCAACAUCGCCAAGAGGCUGGGAUUGACUAAGAAAAUAACUCUUCGUCCUGACAUGGUCCUGGAAAUGUUUUUGAUGUGUGCAUUUGGCAUUCAGACUGAUAGCGCAGACUCCAGCUGGUGUGCUGUGUUUGAAGAAGCAGAUUUCAAAGUUUUGGAAUAUCUGAGCGACUUAAAGCUUUACUGGGAGCGAAGCUAUGGUCGUAAAAUCAACUACAAAAUGGCGUGUCCACUUUACGUGGAAAUAACAGACACCUUUGAGAGUUUUCUGAAACAAGGAAAGCCUCACAGUAUCUUUCGAUUUGCACAUACGGGAACAGUCAUUCCUCUUUUGACCAUGCUAGGACUCUAUAACGACUCUGUGCCUCCUCGAGCGGAUAAUUUCAACCAACAAGCCAACCGAACAUUUCGUGUUUCAGAUGUGAUCCCCAUGUCUGCUAAUGUUGCACUUGUGCUGUACAAGUGCAAACGUGACGGCGCUAAAGUGAAAAACGCACGUAAGGGAGAUGUUGAAGAAAAGAUUAAUUGUAAAGGGAAGUGUCGAGGAAUGGGCACCGAGACGGGCGAAAAUUCGAUAGAGGGUGCACUUCAUGCAUCUGAGAUGAGGGUUCAACUCCUAGUGAAUGAAGCCGCUGUUCCAAUACCAGCUUGCGGUGGAAAUUUGAACUGCAGUGUACAGCGGUUUCUGUCCUACUAUUCCCAUAUCAAGGACAACUGUGACAUCAAGAAAAUUUGUGGAACACAUCGAAAGUGUAAGAAACCUAGUAAGGGACCCCAAGAUUAAAUUUUUUUCUGUUUCAUUCCGACACCUCAUAUCAUCAUUGCCUUACAAAGUUGUAAAGUGUUGUUGCGUGUCAGAGCCUCCUGUGCCUGUAUGAUCAACGAUUGUAAGUUGUGGCAACAUGCUGACACGCUUUCGCACAACAUGUUGCUACAACUUGCAAUACAAGUAGUAACAGGUACAAUGAUGCUUAGCUUGUAUGGCAACCAGUUGCCACAAGUUACAAGAACUUGAAAAAUAUUGACGGUAUUACCUGGCCCUUAUACUACGCGCGACAAUGAUAAUCGAUGGUGACGAUGAUGAACAAUGAUCAAAAUGGUGGUGAUAAUGAUGAUGAUGAUGAUGAUGAUAACCAUGACGAUGAUGAUUGUGACAGCUUGAACAACUAAACUGCACGCGUAUUAAAUAUUUUACAGACUCUUACAAGUUAACUUAGCGCAGCUGUAGUGCAUUUUUUAUCGGUAAUUCGUUAGUAACCUUUACAUUUACUACAUUGAUAUUACUCUGUGAGGAAACGUUUUUAAUCUGUUCUUAGCCAAUUUUGAAGUUGUAGCAUUCGUGUGAAAGCUUAAUCAAAUUGAACACUCAUCUCGCUUUUUAUGUAUUGCAUUAAAUACUCUAUUCCAUGAGAUGUAUAGAAAAUACCGUUAUCUCCGUUACAAGCCAUCGGCGGCGAACUUAUGACUUCUACAAAUCAUUAUGUUAAUAUUCAAUUAGCAAAAUUCAUUUAAUUUUGCGUUGAUCUACGCAAUAUUCUUCUUUCAAAUCAAGCAGAUGUAACUUGACUGCUAUAUCAUAACCUUAUUACAUGUUCACGAUAAUCAUUACUGUUUUAUUUUAGCGGUUUACAAAAGCUUUUGCAACACUGUAUGUAUUUAUGGUCAUGCAAAUAAAGCUAAUUGAUGUUGCUAUGUA